AUGUCGAUUCCCAACGAAGCCUUGCAGAAGCUCCUCCAGGAGAUUGAGUCUCGCGCCAUUUCCUCGCAGCAGCAGAUGCAACUCACCAAGGCGCACAUGACCGCCAAGCAGCGCGACAUCCGCAUGCUGCAGCUGACGUCAAAGGAGCUGUCCGAGUUGCCGUCCGAGACGCCGGUGUACGAGGGUGUUGGCAAGAUGUUCGUCAACGUCCCCAUCGACGCUGUCAACAAGCGCCUUACGAGUGAGAGAUCCGAGGCAAGCUCUGAGAUCAACAAUCUGGAAAAGAAACUGCAUUACCACGAGACUACCCACAAGAACAGCCGCGACAACCUCGAGCAGAUUUUGAAGUCGGGGGGUAAGGCGUGA